AUGAGGGCAGUCAUCGUCCAGCCGGAGAAGCGAGUUGCGGUCAAGGAUCAUCCUGUACCUGAGCUUGGCCCCGAAGAUGUCCUGGUCAAAGUAGUCGCAGCAGCGCAGAACCCCACCGACUGGAAAUUCGUCGACUUUGUGCAGAAAGCAGGGACUAUCCUAGGGGUAGAUUUCUCUGGGGUCGUCAUCGCGGCUGGUAGCAACGUAGCCGACCUGACAAUAGGCACCCGCGUCGCCGGAUUCGUCUUGGGCGGCGCUCUGCCAGACAGCGCGUUCUGGACGGCCGUCCAAGCGCUAUACCAUCCCACUCGCCUCGCACUCGCCGAAAUCCCGUCAAAGCUACAGGAUGGGUCAGAUGAAUGGGUGUUUUUAUAUGGCGAGAGCACGUCCGUCGGGCUGUAUGCUAUCCAGCUUUUGCGCCUGUCGGGCUACAAGUCCGCGACGGUCUGCUCGGCGGAUCAAUUCGACCUCGUUAAAUCACUGGGAGCAGACGUCGUGAUCAACCGCCAUGCACCCGAUUCUCUCCAACAGAUCCGCGAGGCAACAGGAGGCAAGAGGGGUUUUGAUAGCGCCUCACUACAAUUCACAGUCGCCACCAUGGGCCCGGCCGGCGGACGGGUCAUCAGCCUUAUUGGUCAGGAUCAGGAAGGGCUGAAGAAGGCUGUGAAGGAAGGUGUAGAAGUGAAGUCCACUUUGAUUUACACGGCCCUUGGCCACCCGUUCGGACGUUACGAUGCCUCCGUGUCGGAUCGCACACACAUGACUGCGUUUCUACGCAAACUUCCAGACCUCGUCUCUUCCGGGAGCACCAAACCUAGCCGUGUCAAUGUCUGGGAAGGCCCGGGAGGAGAAAAGGGAUUGGAGGGCGUGGAGAGCGCGCUGCAAUGGAUGCGGGAUGGUAAGGUUAGGGGAGAGAAGAUCGUUCAUAUCAUCAGUAACGCUUAG